AUGCCUUCUCUUACGUCGUCACGCCACAACUGGUCCUUCGAAGAUCGUCGUCACAUAGAAGCGAAUGACUCUAUUGCAGGCGAGCCACAAGACACCCAUAUCACUCUUCUCCAACUUCAGCUUGAGGUUUCCCUUAUCAGGGAGGAAGUCAAUGUGGACAAGCGUCAACUAAGGGAACGUCUUCAUCAGGAGAUGGGUUUCAUGAAUCGUGAGGUGGAUGAUAUAAGGGCAGGGCUUUUGGUGGUGUCCCAUUUGACUGACGACAUGAGGAACCACUUUUAUUCACUUUAG